AAACGUGGGCACGCCCCCUCGAAUUGUCCGGCGUCUUUUUUUUUCUUUGCGCCGCAGUGAUCACAUGACCGCGACUUUGGCUCAUCACUUCCUUCUCUCCUACAAGGAAGACCAACGGAAUACAUUCGGUCGGCCAAAGAAAGAAAAGACACUCAAAAGCAUCCGUGUGUGGCGUUUCCUUCAAUUGCGCUGCGAAUGAAAGGCUGGCUCGCUUCAUGGCUUUUUUCCCCUCCUUCCUUUCAAACAAGCUAACUCUUUUACUGUCCCGACACCGAGGUUUCUAUUUGCAAUAGAGGCAUAUUUUCUGUCUGUGGCAUUAUAUCGAAAUACACCAGCUUUCCUGAGUCAAUGGACGACCACAACCCUUUCCAGGACCCAGCAGUGACCCAACACGGCAGCAACACCAGCUAUGCCACUUUGGACCUGUACAACCCAUUUGAGGGCACGGUUGAGCCCCCACCUCCAUACGAAGCCACCGCCCCCACUGCGCCGGCGCCGCCGGCGCAGACGCCGCCCAGUAGGACGACACCCACCGAGCCUCGCAACUAUGGCUCCUAUAACACCCACAACGCCCAGCCCGCAGUCAACGCGACCACGGCGGAGCUGAUGAAAAGACAAGAGGAGCUGGAGAGGAAGGCCCGGGAGCUGGAGAGGAGAGAGCGAGAGCUGCAGUCUCACAGCUUGGGGCCUGGAGCCGCCCGACAGAAUAACUGGCCUCCCCUGCCUUCGUUCUGUCCCGUCGGGCCCUGCUUCUAUCAGGACAUCAAUGUGGAGAUUAGCCAACGCUUCCAGCGAACCGUCACCGUCAUGUACUACUUUUGGUUGUUCGGCACCGGCACUCUGCUCUUCAACCUGAUCUCCUCGCUGGCCAUGUUCUGUAUCGACACUUCGGUGGGGGUCGGGCUCGGUCUCGCCAUCCUCUGGGCGCUCCUCUUCACACCGUGCUCCUUUGUCUGCUGGUAUCGGCCCGCGUACAAAGCCUUCAGGAGUGACAGCUCCUUCAACUUCUUUGUCUUCUUCUUUGUGUUCUUUGCCCAAGUGGUUGUUUAUGUCAUCAUGACCAUUGGCAUCCCCGGAUGGGGAUUCAGCGGCUGGAUCGUGAGCUUGACUGCCCUCAAAAAAAGCGUCGCCGUCGGUGCAAUCGCCAUGAUGAACGCCAUCCUUUUUACCGCCCAGGCCGCCAUUGGGGUGUUCAUGCUGAAGAAGGUCCACGGCCUUUACAGACAGACCGAUGCCAGUUUUCAAAAGGCCCAGGCCGAGUUUGCCACCGGGGUCAUGUCUAAUCAGGCGGUCCGCCAAGCUGCUGCCGGGGCUGCCGCCAACGCCGCUCAAGGGGCCUUCGCCGCGCCCCGCUGACUUCGGAGGGACUCGGUCAUUCAAGGGGGCUCCGUUGCACAGCCGCAGGGCGCCUGCAGUCGGACGUUCCUUUUCGCACUGGCCGUGAGAUGGCGGCGGGCGUGGCCGAGUCUCGGUACAACCAAGCGCAUGAGACUCUGCGGGCCGAUGUCAUAUCUAUUAAUGGUGAUUUCAAGUGUUUAAUCAGAAGCCGACCUCGAUUCCCACACGCAGCUGGCGUCCUCUUCAGAUGCCGAAAUAAAGUGACGGCGCCGUUCGAGACGAGCGCGCCGCAUUUCCCGCGGAGGAGCCGCACUCGUCCGAACAACAGGCGGGAACCGUCAGGUUCAGCCAAGUUCUUUUGUCAGCUAAAACGGCUCCAUUUAAACAUCUGCGUCAUCAUAUUUGUCAACGUGAACCAAACGCUAGCUUUUGUGGGAGCAAACUCACAACGUCUGUCAGAGCAUGCCUCUUUCUGUUGCCGUUCAGAAAUUCACGUCCUUUGGCCUGCCCCCGGUUCCAUUGAUGCAUUUUGUUCUGGCUUGUCUUUGUUUUAAUACAAAUAAACUGACGUGCAGAAAUA